CAACGAUGAGCUUGAAUGUCCUACCGCAACCUCAGCAUUUCGCGUCUUUUCAUUCCACUGCCUCGAACGACUGCCCGCAUCCACGAUGCUUCUUUUGGACUACCAAAAUGUGUUAAUCGAGUCCUUACUCAAGGACCGCUUCGCAGGCGGAAAUCCAGUCUCGAUUGACCAGGUAGUCUCAGACUUCGACGGCGUUACCUUUCACAUAUCCACUCCGGAGUCGAAGACCAAGAUCCUGGUCUCCAUCUCCGUCAAAUGCUUCCCCGAGCUCGUAAAGUACGGCGCCCAGGCCGUCCUCGAGCGCGAGUAUGGCCCAUAUAUCGUUGCACCAGAGUCAGGCUAUGACUUCUCAGUACAGGUGGACCUUGAGAGUUUGCCUGAGGAUCAAGAGGCCAGGGAUGACCUGAUUCGCCGGAUAUCUCUCCUGAAGCGUAAUGCCAUGGCGGCGCCUUUCGAGCAAGCAUUCGAUGAGUUCCACCACUUGCAGGAAGAGGCCUCGAAGUACACAUCGGAAUCAGCACCUCAGGGUGUGAAGGAGGGGGGCGAAGUGCGCGCUAUCCACUAUCGAGAAGAGGAGGCGAUAUUCAUCAAGGCCAGCCACGACCGCGUUACCGUCAUAUUCUCUACAAUCUUCCGUGAAGAGACGGAUAGGAUCUUUGGCAAGGUGUUUUUGCAGGAAUUCGUUGAUGCCAGACGGCGGGCAAUCCAGAAUGCGCCUCAGGUUCUCUUCCACAACGAGCCUCCGCUCGAGCUUCAAGGCCUUCCAGGCCUAAACACCUCUGGCGCUGGCGAGAUCGGUUACAUUACGUUUGUCUUAUUCCCCCGUCACUUGACGAAGCAAAGACGUGAAGAGGUCAUAUCCCACAUCCAGACAUUCCGAGAUUACUUCCACUACCACAUCAAAGCAUCUAAAGCCUACAUCCAUUCGAGGAUGCGCCGACGGACUGCGGACUUCCUUCAGGUUCUGCGGAGAGCCAGACCUGAGACCGAAGAGAGGGAGCGCAGAACUGCAAGUGGACGCACAUUCAAGGUCCAAUCUUGAGGGAGGUGAAUGGCACCGUGGCUUGAAAGGGUGGGCAGUGUCUCAGACUAGCGUUCUUGCCUCGAGCGAGAAUGGAAUGGAGAAUCAAGCAUUUUUAGAGCAAGCGUUUGUGAGGGUUUGAAGCGAGUGAAUGUGCGUUAUGUUGAGGAUAUGAAGCGCGACCGGGUGUAUGAUCCGACUAGAGUCUCUCGACAGUAGUGGAUCCAAAUUUUUGAUUGAAUCUCC